AUGGCAGCGACCAACGGGACCACGAAAAUCCCUCAGACCGGCACCCGGAGCGAACUGCUCCCUUCCAUCUCGGCCUUCCUCAAGAAAUUCCCCGAUCUGCAUCUCGGAGGCCGCGGCGACUUCCACGACGAACGCUCACACCACCUAGAGGUGUUCGGGAUCCACAACAUUCCAAAGGACAAGAUCCACCCCAUUCAUCGUGUCGAACACACCGCCAUCCCUGGGCCCCACGGCACUAUCCCCCUUCGUGUACUCUAUCCUACCAGCGGCGAGGAGCAUCGAGCAAAGUCGCAGGCCGGCGCUCUAAUCUACUUCCACGGCGGAGGGUAUACCGUCGGAUCCGUCGACGAGUUCGAAAAUGGGCUCCGCUUGUUGGCCGAGAAGAGCGGCGUUCAGGUGUACGCGGUCGAGUACCGCCUCGCGCCGGAGCAUCACUACCCCGUCCAGCUGGAUGAGUACGACGCAGUCAUCGAUGCGCUGCAGGGCCAAUUCGGCCAACAGCGCGGCGUCCAGCACGUGCUCGGCGGAGGCGAUUCCGCCGGAGGCAACAUGACUGCCGCGGUAACCUUGCGACGAAAAGACAACGGCAAGAAGCCCUUGGUCGCGCAAAUCUUGCUCUACCCCGAAGCAAGAGUGCCGUUCGACACGCCGGCCGCGGUGGAGAACAACUCGGGGUUCUACCUCGAGUGCAACGGCAUCUUCAGCUUUGCCGACCACUACUUGCCCCGAGGGGUCCCCCCAAGCAACAGGUACAUCUCCCCGGGCAUGCAAGCCGUCAAAGAUCUCCAAGGCCAGCCGCCUGCCGCCAUCUACACUUCUGGAUUUGAUCCCUUGCGGGAUGUCGGAGUCGAGUACGCGAGCAAGCUGCAGCAGGCUGGAAACCAAGUGGUCUGGCGACACUACGACGGAAUGACUCACGGCUGGCUGCAGAUGACCGCCUGGAGCGCAGACGCUGUCUCGGCGGUUGGAGAUGUGGCGCUGGACAUCCAUCGUCUGACUUAUGGAGGAGCGUAA